UUAAAAAAAAUCAGUUUCACCAACAGUGACAUAAGAAACAUCCGUGAUAAUCAAGAGACACCAAAUGACCUCCCCCCAGAUAUAGUGAAUAGCAACACAAGCUGUAACACAGUGACUAUCUUCUUUUCGAAAGCGAUAUUUCUGCGACAUGUUUCUUGUAGGCUGUUGCUUGACGCUCACCUCACACCGCAUGUCUGCUCCAGUGUUUGAGCACUUGCUCCUUACUGCCUCCUUGAGGAGUUCACAUGAACAGCAAUGAGAAUGGAGAAAAGCGCUCUCUUGUGCGCUCACUCCUUUUUCCUCUGCGCUACUGUCAUCACCACCUCUUUAUUUUAGUGUCUCCAGUCGGUCACUUUUGGAAAGUUUUCUCCUAAACCUAGCAUGAGUCAGCAGCGUUUGUUUUUCAUAUUCGGAGCUUUGGCUGAGGUAACUAAAAAUGCGCCCCGUCUUUGUUGGAAAAUCUUUUUAAAUAUUCACAAGUUAUGUCCUCUGUGACUGAAAGAGAGGAGAGAAUUUCUGCUGUGGUCCGAGGAGCGCACUGGAGCCCAGAAGUGCAGCAUCACUGUGACUCCGGCAGCUUUUCUGUGUUCAGCAGUCGGAGACAGUACCAACCAGCUGAGCGCCCCACUCCCGAGGGCUCAGGGGGGCCCAGGGCCGACCCACAUCGGAAUAUGUGCCAGAGAGCGGGCGAAGUCCCGUCCCACAAGUCCCUUCCAGGUUCGCUGGGAGAACGCAUAAGGAUGUCAUUUGGAAGUGGGACAACUUGCAGGGGCUCUCCGUCGGCUCUGCAUCCCAGCUCUGGGAGGUCCGAUCGGAAAGUUGCGUGCUGCGAGAAGUGCUCCGCGGCUCUUGUUGCUCUAAAGAAGCAAGCUCUGAGUCUGGCUGUCCACCAUCACUUCUCCUGCAAGGAAACAAGCGACCUGUCAGCCUUUCUUCAUGACAACCUUCGUGUUCACGGGCAUUCUAAUGUGGAGUCCAGAGACAGAGAAAGGGAGCUGGGCCAAUGUGGAACCUGUGGAGCUAACCUGAACCAACUCAAACAGGAAGCCAUCCUCUUGGCUCUGAGUCGUGGGCAGUCUUUGGCUAAGCCGCCUUUUGUGGCCAGCCUCAGCGCUGGCGCUGUGCUGGGACAAAGUGGGACAAAGCAUGGAGACAGGUUCUCCAGGGAGGCUGUGCAUCCACCGUAUGGUCAAACACACAGCCCACACAGCCCACACAGCCCACGAAGCCCCAGGACGCCCCAGAGGACUCCCCAAACCCUCAGACGAAGGGGGCUCAAGCUUCCCAACCCCGAUAUGGACCGCUGGGUGGAGGAGCAGCAGCAGCUGGUGGCCUCUAAAUCAGGGUCCAAUCCAGAUGGUGUCACCAUGAAUUCUCACCAUCAGCCCAAGGCAGAUGAUGCUAUAGUGACCUGUGGUGAUGCUGGGACUGUUCAGACAACCUCCAAGAUCCCUCACAUCUCCAGAGUGGUGACCAUCGCCAACACUGCUGCUAUGUCCCUUUUGGCCAGGGCGGCGGAGAAGCUCAACUUGACAUUGAGGAAAAAGGGCCAGGCUUCUGAUCCAGCUCCCUCCAGUCGCUCCACCUGCUUCAAGGAGAUCAUCCAGAAAAACCCACCGCUGGUCCCCCCCUGCUUGCUCCAAGCUGCCGCUCGAAGCAAAGACUCACCCGACGUUGGCAAGGUCAAAGUUGUGCUGAGGGUGAGCCGAUUGCUGUCGGAGAGCCAAGGCCAGCCACCUGUUCUUCAGAUUGAUCCAUCCAGGAAGAGGGUCACCAUAAUGGAACCGGUCACCAAAAACCUAUCCCACAGCACAAUGACCCUAGGCAGGGAAAGAAAAAGUCCUCUGAAGACCUUCAGCUUUGAUGCAGCGUAUUCUCAGGAUUCAGGACAGGCUGAAGUGUGCGCAGGCGUCUUGGCUGAUGUCAUCCGCUGUGUCCUCAGUGGCAGCGAUGGAUGUGUUUUGGGCUUAGGAUGCGCUGAUGUGGCAUCUUGGUCAAGCAUGGUGGGAAGUGCUGACAACCUCCAGAAGCUUGGCAUGAUUCCCUGUGCCAUUUCCUGGCUGUACAGCUCAAUCGAGCGGCGCAGGGAGAAGACUUGGACCAAUCUGACGGUCUCAGUGUCUGCCAUCGAGCUGUGCUGCGGUGAAGAGGACACCUUAAGGGAUCUGCUGGGGGAAGUGGUCCCCUCACCGGGCAGCGUACAGGACAGUCCAAAAGCCCACAUUAGAGUCACAGAGGACCCAGUUUAUGGGAUACAGUUACGUAACCACAACCGUGUGAAGGCCCCCACCGCAGAGCGAGCAGCUUCUCUUCUGGACGCAGCCAUCGCAGCACGUCGACACACUGACUUUAUUACAUACCUGUGUCACAGCUCUAUAAUGUUCUUCACCCUUUAUGUCCAGCCUCCUCGUACUGAAAGCAGCACUAUUGGAAAAGGUUCUCGAGGAACCACCAAGUUGACCAUGAUUGAUGUGUGCAGUGGGAUGAGAGGUGUGAGCAAAAAUAAGCUUCCUCAUUCUGACUUGGGCCCCAUUGUCUUGGCUCUCCUAAGCGGACAUAAAAUCAUCCCCAGCAAGUCCAGUAAAUUGGUGAUGCUCCUUCGAGAAUCCAUGCCUUCAAACUGCCACAUUGCUGUGAUUGGUCAAGUUGCUGACUCAUUAGCACAUCUUCAAGAGUCCUUCUCUACCAUUCAGCUGGCUUCUCGCAUUCGUCGGACACAAAAGAGGACAAAGCAGUCUACAUCAUGUUCUCCUUGUGGGCGGAGUUUGACCAAAAAUAAAAAAGGUCCUCAUUCUUUGGCCCUGCGAGCGUUCCACUCCACAGAAGAAGUAGAUGUGGACUUCCAGUCUUUACGACUGCGUGGCAAGCUAUAUCGUUCUAGUAGUGACCAGUCCUGUGACACCGUCAUCCAGAUAAAUUUGGAUGGCUCGGCCCACUCUAAGGCAGCCCCACUGCUUACGCAACCCAAGUUUGUGCCGAUCAUACCUUCUUUGCAUCCUAACAAGUCUGACUUGGAUGACCCAGAGUUUACAGCUCUUCUCCAGGAGCUUCUGAGAAUUCCCCAGUUGCAUGGAGAAAAGAAGACAGAGGAAACUGUACAGGGGGACAGUGAAGGACUCGAAGCAGAAGGGAAACCACCAGAGAGAGAUUGUCUUAAGUGUGACACCUUUGCUGAACUUCAAGAACGUUUAGGUUGUAUUGAUGGCAGUGAAGUGACAAUGGAAGUCCUGAAGUCUUCCUUGAAAGGUGCUACUCUUAAGAAUAUUUUAACCAAAACACUGCCCCAAAAAGAAACAUUCAAAGCCCCACAUACAUUGUUGAAUGUGGGUAAGUGUUGCAGUCAGGCCACUGUUGGGGAAAAGCAAACAGAUGGUUCUCUCCCUGGAGACAGUUUUAAGAGAGAAGAUUCAGGUCUGUUUGACUGUGAGGAGUGUAGUGCAAACAGUUCCAGUGAAGAACUCAUGAAUCAUGCUCUGGGUCUUAGCAUGGCAUACCCUUCUGUGCUUCCUACAACCAGAGCUGUCAAGUCUGGUAACAAUGUCCCAUCCAAAUGCUUUGAAGCAAAUUCUCAGAGCAAAGCUGCCACCAAUCAAUCAGAGUAUCAGCUACAGGAAAAGCAGGAGAACCAUGAAGCUGCUGACUGGUUCAAACCAGAUAAAAGGGCUUCACCUAUUGGUAAUAGCUCCCCAAUAUCUCCUUCGUCUUCUUGUUCCUCUUCACACUCUAUGGCUAAAACUGUUGUAAUCGGAGAUCACAAAGCAAAAGACAGUAAGGAAAUGAAGGCCACUAUCACAGUGACGGUUCAACAGCCAUUGGACAAAAUGGGUCAAGAUGAACUUGUCUUCUCUAUGGUAGAGGAGGUGACCAUCAGUGGAGCAUAUGACAGCGCGACCACAGGUGGAAACAUUAUUUGUAUCAGAGACCCUGCACAAUCACAAGAACAUGGUCAAACCGCUGUCAGCUCUCAACCUAUCAGAAUCAUUGGCGAUGUCAGCGAUGACUGUUCAGCUGCAGCUUCCACUGUUGUUCAGCCCGCAAGCACAGAUCAAAACAAUAAAAAGGCUGCAUAUCAAUUCAAAAGAGAAAUCAGGCUCUUGCCUUCUUUUAUUAAUCCUAUGUUGAUGAACAUGAAUUUGAACUGUGAGUUAGAUGGUGUCAAAGAAAAUGAGAGUACCUGUGCAGCCUUUAAAGAGAUCAACUCAGCUUCUGAACUCAAGAGAUUAAACACUAAAGGUCUAGAGAACAAUAAUGUAGAUAAGCAGAGUCAAAGUUGUGCUUCUGAGAUUCAUCAUCUUAAGAAGUCUGAUGAGACAUGUAGCCAAAUUUGUUAUGACCAACUAACCUCAGAAGAUAAGGAUUUCUGCAAAAAAACUUUGGAGAACAAAAUGUGUGAAAAGAGACUUGAAAAUACACACAAAGGUCACCCUCAAGCUUGCAAGCAUGCUCCUUCCACACACAAUCAAAAGGUCCCAGAGGUGGUGGAAAUUGCUUGCAGACAAGAUGGGAGCAACCACAAGACAACUGGUGUUUCAUCUGGUUGCUAUGAAACCAUGCCUGGUUUCUUUGCAACAGGUAGCCUACCAAGGAGCUGGCAAAAAUCCAACCACAGAGAAAACCCCUCAAGGGCGGUGAUAUCAUCUACUCCAUGUAGCCCAGGGGAAACUCUAGAGAGAAUGCAUGGCAGACGGCAGUCUACUGAAAACCACGGCCUCUACACCUCCUCUCCACAAAAAUAUAUCCCAGAAGUCAAGCAAGAUUCAGGGAAAACAAGGAAACAUGGCAAAUCAAGCAGCAGGCUUAGGUGUCCUGCAGAUAACAGUAGCAGGCUUUUUAAUACCAAACUAGAACAGCUGGCUAGAAGGACUAAUUCCCUUGGAAGAACCUCAAGAGACUUCCCAAUCAUAGAAAGAGGCACUAGUAACACUUCUAUGAGCUCAAAGGAAAGCUCAAAGGGAAGCAAUGAAGCUAGUUGUAAAGCAAGUUAUAAAGAAAACUAUGAUGGAGAUAGUACCUUUCCAAGGGCCAAUAGGAGCCCAAGGAGAAAUCCCCGCUCUGAGCAUAGUCAUCAUUUCUUUCAUACUGAAAAUCCUCUACUUCAGUCUGCUAAGCAUUCUCAUUCCAAGCUUUCUGCUGUUGGAAAACUUAAGAUAGCAACUCCCAAAGUUCGUCGGCAGUCUACCCCGAGCAUCAAGAACCUGUCCCACAAAGCCCUGCAACAGUCUAGCCGCAGUGCCAGUCUGUCAGCAGACAGCAAAAUGGUUAGCUUUGAGCGAACAUCCUCAUUUUUUUCCUCUUCCCCUCCACGAUCUUAUUGUUCUAUCAGUCGAACUCCAAGCCAGAGUUCCACAUGCUCAUCUACAAAAUCUGCCAUUCAGGGAUUUGUCAACGGCCGGCUCACAGACCUCCUUAGGGAAAGGUCCUCCAGCCCAUCUUCAUCCGGACCAGAUCAAAUGUCCCCUCUUCGCUCUCCGUAUAGCCAGAUGACUGCUCCUCGUACACCUGACCACCUUAGUGGGCACGCAAGUGACACCACUAGUGUGUUGAGCGGAGAUUUGCCACCAGCCAUGGGGAAGACAUCCCUGUAUUUUUCUAACAGGAGCAGUCUGGUUAGCAGUGGGUAUGACAGCUUAGUAAGAGACAGUGAAGCCAUGGGCAGCGCCACUUCAAACAGAGAUUCUGUCAGCAACAGGAGUGGAUCUCUACUUAGUGUGACUCGCAGCAGCCGAUCAUCACGGAGGAGAGGAAACACAGGUACUCACCAGCGCCGUUUGUCCCACGACACCUCACUGCCCAUGAAACAGUCAGCUAGCGGUCUGCGCUCUCGCUGGACGGAGCGGGAAAUUCCGGAAGCGUAUGAGAUCAAGGUUUAUGAGAUCGACAAUGUGCAAAGGAUGCAUAAAAGAGCAGGUGCUGACAAACAGGGCCUUGGACCCUUCAGCGCCAAGCUGAGGUUUUUGGAGCAUCGUCAGCAGAGGAUCUCAGAGGUCCGAGUCAAAUACAACAGACUGAGGAGAGAGUUGGAGCACGCCAAACACAACCUCAUCCUGGAGCCCACCAAGUGGAACCUAGAGGUCGACCUGUGGCAGACAUUCGAGGUGGAUUCCCUGGAGCAUCUGGAGGCCCUUGAGGAGGUCACAGCUCGGCUGGAAAACAGGGUUAACUUCUGCAAGGCUAACAUUAUGAUGGUCACCUGCUUUGAUGCUUCCCCCAGGAGGUGGCGCAAAAAGCGACGGCGAAAAGUGCAAGCGCAGAAAACCUUGAAACAAUUCUAAACUGAGAAGUUGGUUAUUUAUUAUAAUUUUUUUUUGCCUUUUUAAAUUACAUGUACCUGGUUUACUGUAGCUGAGAUUAUAUUUGAACUUAUUUAAAAUACAUGACAGAGCCUGGUAAGAAGGAAACUGCUUGUCACCAGACAUAUAGUGCCGUCAGAAUAUUACAAGCACCUCAUGCACAUUAAACUUCUAUUAACUUCGGCCCUUUACUAAUGCAUUUGAACUUUGUAUUGCUUCUCAACAUCCUAACCAGUUUUUUUUUAUCUGAGGGUAUUGGUAGUUUUUGAUAUGGGCAUAUGGGCAGUUGCCCAGGGCGGUAUGAGGAAGGGGGACACAUGAGCAUUGGACAAAUAGGAAUAUAAUCAAUUGCACCCUUUGCACUGUUUCUAUUGUUUAUAUGUGUUUGCAAUUAGUGGGAUUGGAUAGGUUUCUCCUGCUUCCAACGGAGAAUAGGGAGACUAGGUUACAUGUUUUGUGUGGGACUGCGCUGCUUUAUCCCGUCCAAUAAUAUCAGGUAGUGACAACAGGAAGAGGGGCUCGCCCAGGUCAGCAUUCGGCAAAACCGCCACUGUCUGGCGGUGACAGUUUGGGUCAGAGGUUAAAGGUUGGUCAUGGUUGGGUUUUCCAAUGAUCCCAAACUGGAUUUGAAAGACUUGCAUUAAGCACCAUUUCUCAGGGCUCUAAAACCUAUACCUAAAAUGUAUGCACCAAGCUUAAAAGUUCGGUCCAUAUCAGUAAAAUAAUUGCAUUGAACUCUUACAAACAGUGGUCAAAUAUUCAACCUGAAAUGUGCUAGGAUUUUGUUGACAGCUAUACAAAGCUCUUCUGCAUUACAGUAAAGUGCAAUUUACCCAACUAUGAUUGAGAUACAUGUAUAUUUUAAGCCUUUAGGUAUCAUUUUGAAUUUUUUUAAAUAAUAGAAAACCGAAUUAACUCAAACCAUUAAUCAUUUUUCAUUGAGGUUAUCUUGCAAAACAAUAGUGCAAAUAAAUCAUGAAAAGCCCAAACUUAAUAGAUUAUUAAUGACUGCAUGUAAACCUCUGACUGGCACUGUGGAAAACACAUUCUUCUACUGUCUCCUAAGAAACAAAGACAAAACAUGUUUUUCGUCCUCAAAACAGGUGUAGCUAACAGAAACGUACUGUAACUGUUCCUGUGCUGAAUAUCAGAAACAUUAUCACCAUGCUGCAAAACCGGACCAUACCAAGUAAUGUGCUGGCUUUUAAGUGGGGAUUCUUGACAAAAUCUUCCUGUGGGUUUAAAAACCCGCACAGAAAAACAUCUGCUACACAAUCUGCUUCACAGGUGAUCACAACCUAAGAAAUAAAGGCAGCUUUUGUAAAUAUAGUUUUUUUUAAUAUUCAGAAUGCACUUUUUCUUUUAUUCAUUUGGUAAUAACCUUUAUUGUGCACAUGUACCUCCACAUUUCCAAACCUGUUGUUUUAAAACACUGAAAAACCUCAAGCCAUCUUGGACAACUCAACAAGUCUGAAAGGAGUUCUGAUCAUCUUUGUUAUUUUCCUGGUUUUUAAGAAAAGGGAACACUCUGCUGCCCUUGGUGCCAUUUUCUAUGUAGACUUUUUUGGUGCUGACACUGUAUAAAUUGUGCUUCUUCAUAUUUAAAGCUCAUGUAAAAGACAACAGAUGGUUUAAAUAAGAAGAUCCUUGAUUGAGGAAAACAUCCGUAGCGACAAACUGAAUUUGUUGGAGUUACUACCUAUUAAAACAUAAAUGUGAAUUAUGUCUCUUCUACCUGUGGUCUCGGAUAAUACAUGGACGAUUUAAAUGCUUCAGAAAAUAAAUAAACAAAUGUGGAUUCUACUUUUGGCUCAACAAGAAGGAGGAGAAAGAACUGCUUCUAACUUCACCAUGUGUGAGGAUCUCUAAACCAAUCCCAGAGGAGGCACUGAUGCUCUGUAAUUGGUCCCAGAUCUGUGCAUUUCAAAUGUACAGAGGUGAAACACUGGCAGGGCAUUCGAGUUUAAUCAUAUAAAUCAGCAUGUUGUCAGUAACUUUGAACACAUGAUUACAACUCAGUGAAUUCUUCAAUUAGAGGAAAAAUAAAGUCAUAACGACAGUU